UGGGGGUUUUGAGAUAAUGCAUGCAGCAGGUCUGCUCGUGAAAAGUCUCCGUGUUUCGCGAGCGUUUUCAUUUCAGCGUAACUUUUGCUUUGCUACUUGUUGCGCGCGCGCCCCUCGUGCUCCUCUGCUCUGCGCGUGCUGUCAGUCAGUCAGACAGUCCCUGAUGCUGAAUCCGAUUCCCCCCGAUGUCUGACGAACAGCAGGAGGGGGUCCUGGAAGAGCUCAAGCAGCAGCAGCAGCCCCAUGCGCCUGCGUCCCCGCCUCUCGCGCCCGGGCCAACCGAAGACCCUUCCUCACACCUUCUCCAGCUCCACCUCUGUCCUCGCGCGCGGCGAGCGUCAGCGCCGCUCCCGCACAGCACGCACACACUCUGCGGCUGCGGGCACGCGCCCAGCAUCCCCAAGCCCCUGGUGGAGGUGGGCUCUCUGCUCCGCCCGCGGCAGAGCGCCCAGAAGCGCGGGGACGCGCAUCUUCAGCACCUCGGACAGCGCGGCCCCGGCGGCCAUGAGAACCACGAGACCCACUACACCGAGCACGGAGUAGACCCCGGGCACCAGCGCGCGCUCCCGCACACGUCGGAGAUAAUGCAUCGCCGGCACACCACCCUGCGGGAGAAAGGGCGUCGCCAGGCCGUCCGGGGCCCUGCGUACAUGUUUAACGAGCGUGGCACCAGCCUCACCGCGGAGGAGGAACGCUUCCUCGAUGCUGCAGAGUACGGAAACAUCCCCGUUGUCCGCAAGAUGCUCGAGGAGUCCAAAACACUCAACUUCAACUGUGUAGACUACAUGGGUCAGAACGCGUUACAGUUAGCAGUCGGUAACGAGCACCUGGAGGUUACAGAGCUUCUCCUGAAGAAGGAAGGACUUGCUAGAGUUGGUGAUGCUCUCCUCUUAGCUAUUAGCAAAGGUUAUGUACGAAUCGUUGAAGCCAUCUUGGCUCACUCCUCGUUUGCAGGAGGGCUGAGACUAACACUGAGUCCCCUGGAGCAAGAACUUCGAGAUGAUGACUUUUACGCAUACGAUGAAGAUGGAACUCGCUUUUCACAAGACGUAACCCCGGUGAUUCUGGCCUCGCACUGUCAGGAGUAUGAGAUCGUGCACAUCCUGCUGAUGAAGGGUGCCAGGAUUGAGCGACCUCACGACUACUUCUGCAAGUGCCACGAGUGCAUGGAAAAACAGCGGCGUGACUCCUUUAGUCACUCACGCUCACGCAUGAAUGCGUAUAAAGGGCUCGCUAGUGCUGCCUACCUGUCGCUCUCAAGCGAAGAUCCUGUACUGACUGCUCUGGAGCUCAGCAAUGAGUUAGCCAGGCUUGCUAACAUAGAGACUGAGUUUAAGAAUGACUACCGUAAGCUGUCCAUGCAGUGUAAGGACUUUGUGGUGGGGGUCCUGGACCUGUGCCGGGACACGGAAGAGGUAGAAGCCAUUCUAAACGGAGAUGUUGACCUGAUCCCGCCCUCAGAGCACCAGCGGCCCUGCCUCAGCCGCGUCAAACUCGGCAUCAAAUACGAGGUUAAGAAGUUUGUAGCUCAUCCUAACUGUCAGCAGCAGCUGUUAACUAUCUGGUAUGAGAAUCUGUCUGGUCUGAGGCAGCAGUCUAUAGGGGUGAAGUGCUGGACUGUACUGGGAGUGACUGUGGGGCUGCCAUUUCUCGCCAUGGCAUACUGGAUUGUGCCCUGCAGCAAGCUGGGUCAGAUUCUGAGGAGCCCCUUCAUGAAGUUUGUGGCUCAUGCCGUCUCCUUCACCCUGUUUCUGGGGCUGCUGGUCCUGAAUGCCUCUGACCGCUUUGAGGGUGUGAAGAACCUUCCCAACGAGACCAUCACGGACCACCCUCGCCAGGUGUUCCGAGUGAAGACCACCCAGUUUUCCUGGACGGAGCUCCUCAUCAUGAAAUGGGUGCUGGGUAUGAUCUGGUCUGAGUGUAAGGAGAUUUGGACUGAUGGUCCGCGAGAGUAUGUGAUGCACCUCUGGAAUGUUCUGGACUUUGGCAUGUUGUCCAUUUUUGUAGCAUCAUUCACGGCUCGCCUCAUGGCCUUUUUGAAAGCAUCGAAGGCGCAGCUUUACAUAGACCUCCAUGUCCCCAAUCACGACAUCAGCAAUGCCUCCCUGCCUGCCGAUGUCGCCUACUUCACAUAUGCCAGGAAUAAGUGGAGGCCGUCGGAUCCUCAGAUCAUCUCCGAGGGUCUGUAUGCCAUUGCGGUGGUCCUGAGUUUCUCCCGCAUCGCGUACAUCCUCCCAGCCAAUGAGAGCUUUGGGCCGCUGCAGAUCUCACUGGGUCGCACCGUCAAAGACAUCUUCAAGUUCAUGGUCAUCUUUAUCAUGGUCUUUGUGGCCUUCAUGAUCGGCAUGUUCAACCUGUACUCGUACUACCUGGGGGCCAAGUACAACCCCGCCUUCACAACGGUGGAGGAGAGUUUUAAGACCCUGUUCUGGUCCAUUUUUGGCCUGUCGGAGGUGAUCUCGGUGGUGCUGAAGUACGACCACAAGUUCAUUGAGAACAUCGGCUAUGUGCUGUAUGGAGUGUAUAACGUCACCAUGGUGGUGGUGCUCCUCAACAUGCUGAUAGCCAUGAUCAACAACUCCUACCAGGAAAUCGAGGAGGAUGCUGAUGUAGAGUGGAAGUUUGCUCGAGCGAAGCUGUGGCUGUCGUAUUUUGAUGAGGGGCGUACUUUACCUGCCCCUUUUAAUCUGGUGCCGAGUCCAAAGUCCUUCUACUAUCUGGCGCUGAAGACCAAAGCCUGCCUCGUCCGCCUCUGCAAAGCCAAGAGUCACCGACACGACAACGAGGUGGAGAUGGGUAUGCUCAACUCACGACCAAAGGAUCGAUACCGAGCUCACUCCAGAAACAGAGAGGACUACACACUGAAGAAACCAAUCAAAAACCCCACCCGCUAUCAGAAGAUUAUGAAGCGUCUCAUAAAGAGAUAUGUUCUGAAGGCACAGGUCGACAGGGAGAAUGAUGAAGUCAAUGAAGGUGAGCUGAAGGAGAUAAAGCAGGAUAUUUCCAGUCUGCGCUAUGAGCUCCUAGAGGAGAAAUCUCAGGCCACAGCAGAACUGGCCAACCUCAUUCAACAACUCAGCGACAAGUUCGGCAAGAACACCAAAAAACAGCCCUGAGAGAAGAACGAGAGAAGAAUGGAAGAAGAGCAAGAGAAGAAGGAGAGAAGGACAGGAAAUGGGGACACAAUUAUAAAAGUACAGGUGCUAAAAGGUUCUUAAACAGGUUUAACUCCCAGAGGAAUCUUUGAAUCGAUUGUUCUUGAAAAAAACUGGAAGAUAAUUUAGGAAAGAUCCUAAAGAAGUGGCUGUUCUGUUGCAUCACUGCUUUCACUGCUAAGAUUGCUUUUUUGCAUUGUUAUUUUAAGUAAUGCAAAACUGAGACAGAAAGAGAGAGAAAGAGGAAAGAAGGGAGAACAAGACAAAGGGAGACAGAGUGAGAGAGUGAGACAGACGAUGCAAACAGCAGUGAAGUGUGAUUAAAGUGAGGAGAGUGUGAUUAAGAAUACAAUAAAGCCUUUCUCAAUUGCUUUGACACAUUUCUGAACUACUUUUUAAUUUUGUGGAACAAGCUCUCUCCACUUGUACAUGAAAUUCAUUUGUCAAGUGCAAUCACAAGCCACCACGAAUCACACUUGAGAAAAACAUCCAGCUCCUUUCUUUCUUCUCCACUUUAUAUAAUCGUUGUAUUUGUCUAUCUGACAUUAUUGAAGCUGAGAGUAUGAGGGUGCUCUUACCUUGAUGUACCUUGCUUGGUGCCGACCAUUAAACAUUAAUUUUAGUCGGGACCAAACCAAAAUAGCUUGUGUUAAAAGGUGCAAAAAAUAUGGUCUGGAACAAAGAGCCAAUAUUUUAUGGACCUUCCAACCAUUUCCAACAAUAGAAGAAGAAAAAUAAUAAUAAUAACACACUAACUACUUCUAACCUCAUUUCCUUCUUCCCCUCCUUCACUCCUCUAUCCUAUUACUCCCCUUUGACCUCCUUUUAUCCCUAUCCAAAGAUUUUUUUCCUUUAAACUUAUUUUACAUUGUACUUGACUAUUGUAAGUCGCUUUGGACAAAAGCGUCUGCCAAAUGUAAUGUAAUGUAAAAAAAUAACUGGUUUUAAAAAAGGAAAAGAACUGGUGUCUCACAUGCAUUAAGCAGCAGUAUGUGUACAAUAGCUUUUAUGCUCUGGAUUUCUAUAUCUACUGUAACUGUAGAUUAAGCCUUAUUUGUUAACAAUUGUAAAUGGAAGUAAAUCAGGGCAAGUCUGUUAUGCUCAUUCUGCUGUGUGUGUGCACUCACUUGCAUAGAGUUUGAUUUUGGCAGGUAUGCAGCAUCUGCACAGCACCUGGAACAGCAACUCAUCAAAUUGACAACAUUCUAAAAAUCAA